AUGCUGCCAUCCACAGCUCUGGCCACAGCCCUCUGCACUCUGCUCACCUGCUCUGCCAUGAUCGAAUGUACAGUGUUCCUGGAUCGGUCGUCGUCGGGUCAGAUCCUUCGCUCGUCCUCCAGGAGGCGUCGCGCCAACUCCCACUUCUUGGAGGAGAUGUUACCAGGAGACCUGGAGAGGGAGUGUUAUGAGGAGAGCUGCUCCCAGGAAGAGGCCACCGAGAUCUUCCAGACCAAAGAGAAGACGCUGGAGUUUUGGUACAAAUACACAAAUCUGAACCCAUGUCGGACAAACCCCUGCAAGAACGGAGGGAUGUGCACCAUGGACAGAGGAGACUUCCUGUGUCUCUGUCCUCCACAGUACCACGGCAAGACCUGCGACUCAGUGGUGUUGCAGUGUCACUAUAGAAACGGCGGAUGCAUGCAGUACUGCAGAGACCUGCUGGGUGGAGCCGGAGUUCAGUGUGGCUGCAGUGAUGGAUUCCAGCUGGAGCCUGACGGACAGAGCUGCUCCCAGACAGUGUCGUUCCCCUGCGGUCGUCAGCAGAGUGAGCUGUUGCACCGAAGUCGUUCUCUGUGGAGUCACCAAGAUCAGGUCAACAUCACCCGAGAGACAAUGGACAACAGCACAGACAGCUGGGUAACGGCACUGAACUUAACAGAGACACAAGAGGAACUGAGGACAGUGAAUGCAACGUCUGACCAGAGAGGAGGGGAUGAGACGGAGCUGAGGGGGGAGGAUGGGGGAGGAGAGGAGGAGGGGAUACUACGCAUCGUGGGUGGAGUCCUGGAAGAACGAGGAGGGAGUCCCUGGCAGGUUCUGGUCCGCAGGUCUGACGGUUAUGGUUUCUGCGGCGGGACUCUGGUCUCUGAUCAGUGGGUGGUCUCUGCUGCUCACUGCUUGGAUGAGGCUGCAGACCACGUUACUAUCGGGGACUUUGAUAAGCAGCGUCCUGAUCCAGGUGAGCAGCGGAUAAAGAUCCAGAGGGUCAUCAUUCAUCCUCACUUCCACUCCUUCACCUUCGACAGCGACAUCGCCCUGCUGUACCUCGCCCGGCCUGUCGUCAGGGGCCCAACUGUGGUCCCCGCCUGCCUCCCGGACCCCCACCUCUCCAAAUACCUGCUAAAGGAGGGUAACCGGGGUGUGGUGACAGGCUGGGGGCUCACUCGCUACCUGGGCAGGUCCUCCCGGUUCCUAAGGAAGGUCACACUCCCAGUGGUCAGCUACAAAGACUGCACCGCAUCUACUGAACAGGUGAUCACAGACAACAUGUUCUGUGCAGGCUACCUGCAGGUCAGCAUGGACGCCUGCAGUGGAGACAGUGGAGGACCAUUCGUGGUACACUACAGAGGGACCUGGUUUCUGACCGGAGUGGUCAGCUGGGGAGAGAAAUGUGCUGCAAAGGGGAAAUAUGGAGUCUAUACCAGACUGGGGAACUUCCUGAACUGGAUCAGAGACACCAUGGAGAGGUCGGACAUCAAUGGUACCGAGAGUGGAGACACAACAAGUCCUUCUUCCUCCUCUUGA